UUAUUAUUAUUUAAUAUAAUAGGCGUAACAAUAAUUUUAAGACGACAAGUGGCAGUCGAUUUUUCUUGCCAUGUGGUGCCAUCUUUAUCCUAAUCACGACUCGUCUAACUAGGAAAUUGUAAUUUAUGUUUGGAGAGUAAACUUCAUUGAAGCUUGUUGGAUAAUAAUAGCGAUAAUUUUGACGAUCUUAAUAAUCUUGCGUCAACUUAACUUUAUAAUAUUGUAAGAAUUUAAAAUGACGGACGAUGUGGAACAGGUGCCGGCGAUAAAUGUGAAAGAGCCGCUUGAUUUAAUUAGAUUGAGCUUGGAUGAGCGAAUUUAUGUUAAAAUGCGAAAUGAACGAGAGCUUCGUGGACGAUUACAUGCUUACGAUCAACACUUGAAUAUGGUGCUUGGUGAAGUUGAAGAAACGGUUACUACUAUAGAAAUCGAUGAAGAGACUUACGAGGAAGUCUACCGUACGACCAAAAGAAACAUACCCAUGCUCUUUGUAAGAGGGGAUGGCGUUAUACUUGUUUCACCUCCGAGUAUGAGGGCAGCGAUAUAGUAUUUGAUUGCGAGUUGCUGUUGAAGUAACGUUAUGAUGUAUGAUUUCUUCCUCUGAAAAUUUUUUUUAUCAUGCCUAUGAUUAUUUUACAUAAGAAUUAAUAAUAUGAGAAUAAUU